AUGUUUGAUCCAAAGGCUCAUCUAUUUAUGUUCUUUAUUAUUAAACUGGAUCGAAAAUACAAAGUCAUUAAUCAGAAACAAGUAGAUAUUAAAGUGUUGAACAAAGAUCUGAAUGAAAGGGAGAAUGAGAUAUCAUAUAUGAAGGAGAAGAUAAAAGAAAAAGAUGUGAAGAAGAAAAUCCUUUCAUAUGUAAGUGUUAAAACAGAAGAAUGUUCAUCAUCAAGAAAACCUAGUUUUCAUGUUGAUAAACAUCACAAUAGGUCUCACACUGCCAAGUCAGUUCAUGCUGACAAGUCGAGUCUCGCUUCCAAGUUUGUUCACAUUGCAAAUACUUUUGGCACUUACAAGAAAUUUCAAAUUGUGAAGAGUACAUCGUACCUUGUCAAUUCUCCAUCUCAAUAUUAA